ACACUCCAUCAAAAGCCCAUCUUGGCAUCCAUGCUGACCCAAUCACUCUCCCUCCACCCACACCUCCCCUCGCCGGCGUUCCGCCGGAAUCCGGCCAAUCGCAUCGCACCCCGGCGAUGUCGCCCGGUGUCGGCCAUCGCCGCGCCGCUGCGGCGCAACGUGACGCACUCAAUGCCGCCGGAGAAGGUGGAGGUGUUCAAGUCCCUCGAGGGAUGGGCCUCCGACGCGUUGCUGCCGCUCCUGAAGCCGGUGGAGGCAUGCUGGCAGCCCACGGACUUCCUGCCGGAUUCGUCGAAGCCCAUCGACGAAUUUGAGGAGGAGGUUCGGGCCUUGCGGUCCCGGACGGCCCAACUCCCGGAUGAGUACUUCGUCGUCCUCGUCGGCGACAUGAUAACCGAGGAGGCGCUGCCGACGUACCAGACGAUGAUCAACACUCUGGACGGGGUCCGCGACGAGACCGGCGCGAGCUCGAGCCCGUGGGCCGUGUGGACUCGGUCGUGGACCGCCGAGGAGAACCGGCACGGCGAUCUCCUGGGCAAGUAUCUCUACUUGUCUGGACGGGUGGACAUGAAGAUGAUCGAGAAGACCGUGCAGUAUCUUAUUGGCUCCGGAAUGGACCCGGGAACGGAGAACAACCCUUACUUGGGCUACGUGUACACGUCCUUCCAGGAGCGCGCCACCUUUAUCUCCCACGGGAACACCGCCCGGCUGGCCAAGGGGCAAGGAGACCCAGUCCUGGCCCGCGUCUGCGGCACCAUCGCGGCCGACGAGAAGCGGCACGAGACCGCGUACGCUCGCGUGGUCGAGCAGCUCCUCCGCCUCGACCCGGACGGCGCCGUCAUCGCCAUCGCCGACAUGAUGAGGAAAAAGAUCACGAUGCCGGCCCACCUCAUGCAGGACGGUCGGGACCCCCACCUCUUCGACCACUUCUCCGCCGUGGCCCAGCGGCUCGGGGUGUACACGGUCAGUGACUACGCCGGCAUUGUGGAGUUCUUGGUGGAGCGGUGGGGGCUGGAGAAAUUGGAGGAAGGGCUGAGUGGGGAGGGGAGAAGGGCGAGGGACUUCGUGUGUGGAUUGGGACAGAGGAUGAGGAGGCUCCAGGAGCGGGCGGAGGAGCGGGCGGAGAAGGUGGAGCCGAGGAACGUCCGGUUCAGCUGGGUGUUCGACCGGGAGGUCUCGGUGUAAGGAAUAUGGUUGAAAUUAAUGCUCGGAUAUCAUGGUAGGAUGGAUGGGUGGAUGGGCCUCUUCUUCUACUUUUUUUUGUUCUCUCUCUUAUAGGUUGGAAUGUUGGAUUGGGUCUCUGCUGGUGUUUGUUUACUUUGGUUAUAGAUCAUAGAUGGAACUGUUUGGUGAGUAUUGGUUGAAACAAUUUAAUGUAGAAUGACUGUGGGUUUUGCCUGCGCCUCUGAGGUGAUAUAAAGAAACAUAAGAUUGUUUGGUUGACUUGGAGCCGGAUCAAACAUUUCGGUGUAGCUGCAAA